AUGAACCCCUUGCUGCCACGGCGACCGCGACCGCCCCUCACCAAAAAGGCCAGAAUCGCGGUGCCUCUGCCCUCACGUCCCGCCGACUACGUGCCUGGAUCCGGGCCGCCCCUCGAACCGCUCUACCUCCAGCCGCCUACCGACUCGACCGCGUACAUCGAUGACCGCAUCCUGCUCCCCCCGGCCGGCGUCGGCGCCGAUGGCCGCCCGCUGCCCAAGCGCAUGCGCUACCUCGUCGGCUGGCGCGACCUGCCCGCCGCGCGCCUGCUCGUCCCUGCCAUGGAGAUCCUGUACUACGUCUCCCCGCACGCGCUCGAGGAGUGGGAGUACCAGAUGGAGCUGGAGCUCGACGAGGAGCGCGUGCGGCUCGCUGACGCCCGGCGCGCCAGGCAGCAGCAGGCGCAGCAGCAGCAGGCGGCCAUUGGAGGGGAAGCGGCGGUGCAAGCACCGCCGCAACUGUCCAAGAAGACGAAGAAGCGACGACGACGCGCGCACCCGCCGACGCACCAUACAGAGAUAGAGACGGCUGCCGUGUUGGAGACGGAGGACAGCGACAGGGCGCAUCGCGAGAGGCUGCGCGGCGGGGCCAUGAGCCUCUCCACCCCGAAGAAACGCAAGAUGGACGACUUCCUCGACGACUACGCUAGCGACGAAAGUCCGUCGGAACAGCUGCUCUUAGACUUGGCGCAGUCGCAGCGCUCGGCCGAGGACGCCGUGUCGCUCGGCAAGGAGCGUGACGAAUCGGUCGCAGUGCGGCGCGUGUCCGUGGCACCCUUGGCGCCUGUGAAGCCCGUAUCGCCCGUACCCAUCGACGACGACAAUUGGUUCCGGAAAGAAGAGAGCUAUCCCCACAAGAAACCUGCGUUGGCCACCAAGAUAUCCCUGCCGCAAAUGUCUAGGUCUGAAGCGCGAUCUGAGUCGUCUGCGAGCCCUUUCCCGAUGACAAAGGCUACCUCUUGGGAAUCAGAUACGCCAAAACUUCGAAAGCCACACAGGCCUCCUCGUCCACGAGAGCCGGCCAGAAGACUUAGCGAACGAGACAAAGCGGGUUCUCGAGAAUCAGGCGGACCCCGCCCUCGAGAACAGGGUAGCAAACCUCGCUCGCAGGAACGAGAGAGGCCACGACCACAAGAACCUGGCAGCAGAUCGCGCCCGCAAAAUCAAGAUAUACCCUGCCCGCGAGAGCAGGAGAGUAGACCGCGGUCACGAGAAACCAAAGUGCCCCUCCCUCGCCAAGGAGAAUCACGUCGUCCGCGAGAGCAGGAAAGCAGCAGCCAGCGAUCACGUGAAACACAAGUGCCGCUUCCUCACCCACCAGGAGCGCCUCGUCCGAGAGAGCAGGAGAGUAGCCAACGACCGCGAGAAACACAAGUGCCGCUCCCGCGCCAACCAGGAGCGCCUCUUCCGCGCGAGGAGGAAGCCCGACAGCGGCUACGAGAAACACAAGUGCCGUUUCCUCACCAACCAGAACCGCGUUUUCCUUGGGAGAAGGACAAGCGGACACCGCAAGAGCGAGAUCGAGCCCGCCCACAAGAAACAGACAGGCGGCGCCCGGCCGAGCAAGAACGGUCGCGCCCACGAGGCGACAAACCCCGCCCACAAGACCCGAACAGAUCGCGUCCGCGGGUUGGAGACGCUCGCACGCGAGAUGCCUUCGACAGGCCGCGUCCGCGAGAUCAAGACCGACCUCGCCCCCCGCAACCGAACGCCUCUCCACGAGAAUUCGAACUGCGGCCGCAGGGUUCGGAUGGAGCCCGCCCGCGAAAAGACAGCUCUCACCCACGAGAAGAUAGACCUCGCCCGCGAGAGGACCGGCCUCGCCCACCACAUCUAGACAAGACAUCCGCACCAGCGAAAACGCACUCUCCACGGCCACUUGCUACAGAACAUUUCCCCACCGUGCAAGGCAACAGUGGCACGCCGAAAACCGCAGCACAUCAACCGGUGCCAAAAAAGGCGCCGGAGCCGCACGUCGGCGGCAGCUCCCAGCUGCGACCGCAAGGCCAGCCCAAGUAUCGCUCACACGUCGCCCAGAAAAAGCAAACCCAAACAUCCUCCGCACCUCGGAAGCGCACUCCCGCCAAAGAGAAACCGGCGGUCAUCUUUGCCGACUCUUCCUCUGAAGAAGACGACGACGGAGAAGAACCGACGUGGGACGUCGAGCGUCUCGAGGACAUGGAGCUCUACGACGUCGAGGGCCGUGGCCUCAUGCGGUACUUCAAGGUGCGCUGGGUCGGCGACUGGCCGCCCGAGCAGAACCCGACCUGGGAGCCCGAGGAGAACAUCCCCGACGACCUCGUCCGCGAGUUCUGCCGCACCUUUAAAAAGAAGACGGCGCAGUCGUCGUCGUCGUCCACCCCCGGCCCUGCCGCCGCUGACGUCGAGAUGGGGGACGUUGGUGAGGAUCGUGGAUUUUUGCCCCCGAUGCGGCCUGAGGAUGACGAGGACGACGAGGACGACGCGCAAAGCGGCAUGUUUGUCUACUCGAGCGACGACGGCAUGGAGCAGCACACGUGGGACGCGCCCAACUCGCAGGGCUUCCGGCCGAACCUUAACAUGGUCUUUCCGGCGCCUAUGCAAUAG